UAGGGCGGUGUGCGUCGCUGGCGCUGGUCGGUACUGCGAUUGGGGUGUGGUGCUGAGCUGCGUGAGAACACUUUUCAUCUCCACUUUCAUCUGGCUGCUCUUGACCGAUGAAGAGGACAUCUCAUGCUUUAUGCAUGAAUGCUUUCAGCAGUGAAACUUAGUAGUGCAUUACAUACUGGUGAUGGUCUGAGUUCUGACACUGGUCACUGAGGAUGGAUCACCCUGGAGGUGCGAGCCAUUAUGAUGAAGAUCUCAUCGAAAAUCCCUUCUUCAAGGACUUGUGCAUUAGGUUUCCUGAUGCUUACAGCAAGGCCGUAUCUGAUGGCUGGGUCAUCUGCAUCCCUCGCUCCGGCAGCUACAAGGCUGUGGACCUGACUGACAGUGACAUCCUGUCUCACAUUCUUGUGCCUGAUAGUGAUGACCACAGCUCAUUUCACACUAUCACCAACAAGCAUGUGAAGAAGAAGAACAAUGCAUACAUCCUGGAGGAAGAUGGGGCCAUCCACGAACAGAGUGUACACAUUCUCUUCACUGAGACAUGCUACUCAGAGGAGCUCAAGAAGCAUGAUAUCUGUUGCCUGGAGCGGCCACUGUGCACGUCCGGCAGCCCCUACUACCAGGUGCGAGCUGAACUGCAGACUCUGAGUGGGAUGCAUGAUUGCCUGAGUUUCCUAUGGUCUGUGGGGAACGGACACAGUGCGGUCAAUGCUGUGAACAGGUGCUGCGGAAUGUUUGUGGAAAGCCACCCAAAUCUGAAGGUUCUGAGCCUUCAGCAGCUAUGGGAGAAGGUUGGUCAGCUGUACUCGAAAGCACUCAAAGUUUUCUGCGAGAAGGGUCAUAUUGUGGACCAGUUAAAGGAGGAUUUUCACUUUGCUGAAUCUGUGAAACUGGCUCUUGAAACAUAUGUCCUGUACCUGCUGUAUCAGAAGUUGAUGGAAUGUCUGCUUGCCAUCACUGCUGUUGAUGAUGCCAAGCUGAACAAGACAAUCCAAAACCUCCAGGAGUUGCAGCCAUGCGACCUCGGCAUCAGGCCAGUGUACGAGCCGAGCCUCCAGUCUGCCAGACAACAGAUGCAAAAACUGACCCGACAACACCACCCUCUCGGCAAGUUCCUCACUCUGAGGCGGGUCACUCGCGAGUUUGACCAGCAGCCUCACAACAGUGACACCACCUCUUCCUCCAGUGAAGAGCCUCCUCCUGGCACACAGCUGUCGUCAGACGACCUGCUACCCAUCUUCAUCUACCUGGUCCUCCACACGUCGAUCGCCAGCUGGACGGCUCAGCUGGUGCUGAUGAAGAUGUUCCACUUCUCGGCCAGCUCCUGUAACCACGACCAGUACGGCUUCCUGGCGGCCACGCUCGAGGCAGCUCUGGAGCACAUCAAGUCGGGAGCUCUCGGAGACGAAGAGCCACUCCCAGAGGCUCUUGCCGACGAGGCAGCCGCAGCUUCAUCUCACGAAAACAUGACGGAAUCGUCUUCAGAAAGCACCUCUGCGUCAGGACCUUCGGACAAUCAGCCUGAGGGUGCGGGCACCGCGAACUCGCCGCCUACCGGCGCCGUGUCCGUCCCAGAGAUGUUUCAUCAUGUGGCGCGUGACGAUGCCGAAGCACUAGCUGCCAUCCUAGACUCCCGUCCCGAGUCGGAGCCCCCGGCGCGGCCUCUCUGCCAUCCCCUGUGCACCUGCUCUGAGUGUCGUCUCGCGCAGCAGCGGCGCGCCGGCGUGGCGCCGACAGUCGCCUCCACGGACGGCGCCGGACGCACCGCUCUCCACCUGGCAGCCUCUCACAGCUCUGUGCGCUGUAUUGAGCUCCUCACCUCCCGCGGUGCCGUGCUGGACGCCCGAGAUCUCUCCGGCGCCACACCGCUGCACUGCGCGGCGGCGCGCGGUCACCAGGGCGCCGCACUGCUUCUGUUACACCUUGGAGCGUCCGCGGGUCGGCGAGACGCACGAGGCAAUACGGCACUUCACCUGGCAGUGAAUAACGGCCAUCGGGGCGCGGCGCAGGCGCUGCUCUACCACGCGGAACAGACGGGAGCGCCGGCCGGUGUGAACGCGCUCAAUGCUGACGGGGACGCCCCGCUUCAUCUGGCCGCCCGCUGGGGGUACGGUGAUGUGGCGCUCCUGCUAGCAGCUCACGGUGCAGCGAGAGAUGUGGUGAACCAUCGAGGUCUGACCCCACUCGACGUGGCACACGAUCAUGUUCUUCGUCGACAUCUAGUGGAUGCGUGUGAUCGAUUCCGACGCAGCGCGCCUAAGCGACUGGUGCGAUUGCGCGGUGCCGAGCCGACGCGGCCGCUGGCUGCGGUUACCUCUCCGCCUGCGGGCCGCGCGGUGCGUCGCCUCUUCGCCGCUAUAGCCGCAGGAGACGAGCGGCUAGCCUGCUUCCAUCUGGGACUGACCGCCGGCAGCGAUGGCUCGGCUCUGUGCCAUCCUCUGUGCGCGUGUUCGAGGUGUGCUCCGCUAGCAGCCCAGCGCAGCGCGGCACCCGUGCCAAUAUCAUGCCAGGACUCAUCAGGAAGGACGCCUCUCCACGCAGCCGCCUCAGCUAAACUCCCCGACCUGACACGACUCCUCCUAGACAGCGGCGCUGACCCAAACCCCGCCGCCACGGACGGGUCAACACCUCUCCACUGCGCCUGUGCCGCUGAGUUUGUACCGGGCGCUGCUGAGCUGAUCGCUCGCGGUGCUGACGUGUGCUGUGCUGAUACUGCUGGGAGGACGGCUCUGCAUGUGGCUGCCGGCCGAAGGAACGCUGACCUGUGUCGGCGACUGCUGAGGGCUGGUGCGGACAGGACGGCCCGCUGUGCGCGGGGUCUGACUCCGCUCGAUCACGCUGGGAAGGGCAGACAGGUCCUCAGUAGAGUGUUUGUGGAAAUGGCCGGAAAGGCGGCAGCUGAGGAUGAGUGAGGGAGAGGGGAGAGAGUGAGAGGGACGGGAGCAUUCCGGAGGGAGUGGAAUGUGGAUUUUCUAAACUUGAUGAUUGUUUGGCGUUGAUUGUUCAUGAAUUGUGUAAUAAUCACCGAGCCUUACGUAAUAAUCGGUUUGAGUGUUUCGUUAGUAAUUGAAGGCACUAGACUCUAGAUGUGCUGUUGUUUAAAUGUACUCUGAAAUGCGUGUGAAACGCUGCCGUGUAGUCAGCUCUUUUAAUCAAAAGCGUAACUCCUAGGUGCUUUGAUUUUCAUAGUCGAAUGUGAAUGCACACGUUCGCGGAUGUGUUGAUAAGUUCGAGAUUGUUACGGAAUUAUUAUGUACAAAUGAUGCGUUCCACAAAUCCAAUUUGUUAUCGUUGCUGUUGACUAGAUUACGGGCGUUUUGACAUUACGUCGUGUAUCACAUGCUUGCACCAGGGGCGCACUAUAUCAGCGCCAUGUCUGCUUUUGCAGACAUGCCCAGAUUCAUCAUACUCAAAAUAACAAAUUUGUAUCGGCUCUGCACGGGUGGAGAAUUGUGCUGGACUGGGGGUGCUCGAGCUCUCCCAAUUCCACGCCGGCCACGCCGGCUUGGCUUUGGAGCCGCGGCCGGGCGGCGCGGGUCAAGGUCACCGCUAGGCGGCGGCGGAUUUGCUGCGCCCGAGCACCCCCAGCUGGUCACAAUUCUCCACCUAUGCGGCUCUGACAUAAUUCUUUUUAGAUGUUAUUGCUUUGAAGCGUUAUUAGGCUAAUGUUUCCAUCUUUCGAUGUAGUGGAUGCAAAUGUAACUUGUUCCUGUAUCGUUGAGUCUGCUGAUGUACCUAUAUUACUACAAUGUUGGUAGGUACUAGUUAAUACUAAUGACCGUAUUUGCUGCAAUAUGCUCUAAAGAUUUCUUGCCAUUUACGUGAUGUUCUUUGACAUUUGUGCCAUUUGCAUUAAUCGUUACUUGAACAGCUGUCCAUAAGCAUGGCAUUACAUAAGUCUAGUAAAUUCGUUAGUCAGCUGAAUUGAACACACGAGGUGAAUGUUGAACUAAUGUAUUCUACACACUGGUCAUUUUGUGACCCCACACUUUGGUGAAACUGACAUACGGUCAGCUGUGGUGCCUUUCGGUCGGUUCUAUUAGGAACAAUGCCGAGCGACUCGUCAGCUUCGUUAUUCACAAACCCUAAUAAUCUUUGGGUCUUGUAUCUGCGAUUUUUGUCAUGUAAUGUUUUCAUGGUGAAGUUUUUCACUCACGUUACAUUCUAAUCUGGGCUGUGAAUUUCGUCUUUUUGGGUGCUGUACCACACGUUAUGUGCUUGGAAUGUAUUUUCGCACGUUUGCUAGAAGGCUGACCACUAACAGCCUUUGGCUUUAUCUCUGUUAUUCGCCAGUCACAAUGUGCUGACAGUCCUCGCCUUUUUUCGAGCCGUGUAGUUGAAUGGAACUUCGUUGUUAAUAACUUCGCUCGUUGCAAGUUGAAGGUGAACUCUGAUUUCAGAUGCCCUUACUCUUUGUAAUAUUCCCUUGGUAACGAGCCAGACGUUCUAUGUGCUCUUAUGUUACUCGUGCUCUGAAUGAAUAAACAACUCUAUUCCAAACCGUCUGUCCGUUUCACGAGUUUAACGCCGGUGAAAGCCACUGCGUACCAGAUA